AGCCGCAGUAGGAUUCAUGGGGACGAAAAAGAGCAUCCUGGAUGAUUACCGGACCCCUGCUGCAGUCGACGGAAACUAAACGGAGAUAAACGUUACACCGGUAAUAUCGUUCUCUCAUCUACGAUAAUAAGUCUGGGAAUCUAAAAUGGCAGAGCGGGUAAAUAACUUUCCUCCCCUGCCUCAGUUCAUGAGAAUAAAGCCAUGCUUUUACCACAACAUAGAAGAGGAAAUCCCCGCACCCCAUCAGCAGUUGGUGCGCAGAGUCUAUACACUUUGGAUGAUGUAUUCAGGUACACUGUGCUUAAAUGUCAUCUCCUGUAUUGCCUGGUGGGCUGGCGGCGGUAAUGCCACCAACUUUGGCUUCUCUCUUCUCUGGCUCGUCCUCUUCAGCCCGUGCAGUUACACCUGCUGGUUCAGACCGCUCUACAAAGCCUUCAGGGCUGACAGCUCAUUCAACUUCAUGGCCUUUUUCUUCAUCUUCUUCCUUCAGUGUGUCUUAGCCCUCAUCCAGACUAUCGGGAUCUCCGGCUGGGGAACGUGCGGCUGGAUUGCCACGGUGAUGUUUUUCAGCUAUAAUACGGGCUCGGCUAUAGUGAUGCUAAUCACAGCGCUGCUCUUCACACUGGUGACGGCUUUAAUGGCGCUUGUUCUCAUCAAGGUGCACAGAAUGUACCGUGGUGGCGGAGGAAGUAUGGCGCGCGCUCAGGAGGAGUGGAGCACCGGGCUGUGGAAGAGUGCUCCAGUGAGGGAAGCGGGGUUUAACGCUGUAGCUCAGUCGGCUCAGGGCCCCAGCUUGCCUCAGUACCCUGCCGCAGUGCCGAGCUACCCCGACAACAGCCAGUGGUGAUAGCUGAGAGUGGCCACUAGGGGGAGACAGAUUAUUGACCAUUGUUGUGGUAACGUUCAAGUCAUUUCAACCUUCCAGUGAGAGAGAAUGCUUCUAUGUUUUUGUUUUUUAUGAGAGGACAAGGUUGCCUUGUCGAAUAGUUUCUUGGUUAAAGCCGUGCUCUUGUAGUGGAGUCAGAUUUAUCAUUCCAUCUUUGUUUACAUCGACUUGAUUCAAACGAAGGAGAGGGCUGCAGUUUGAGGCUCUAAAGAAAUGUGCCAACGGGAACUCCAGAAGAGUGUAUGGAGCUGCUGAACGACGUGUGCCUUUAUGAACACUUCUGAUAGCUUUGUUUUAUGUGUGUGUGUGUCAGCAUGCUGAGAUUGUGUCUCUCCUGCACAUGCACGGUUUUUAUGCGCUCGCUUUGUGUUCAGAUGUUUUCUGGAAGGAGUUCAGUUUAUUUUUGAUAUGCUGUGCCUUUUUUUUUUAUCUUUGUGCUCACCUGCUUUGGCUGUGAUUUCCUAAAUAUCGUGUGCACAUGUUGCAUGUGAAGAAAGAACUUUGCUCGACUA